UAUUUCUAGUAGAGACAGUAGCGAGUAAUAACUCUUUGGUCAGCGAAAUUUAUCGCCUUUUGGGUUGUGUGUGAUUGAUGUUUAGAGAAUAUUCUUUGAUGAUUUGUGUGUACAGCUAUGACUGAGCCUGUCUAUCCGCGGAGAGGAAUUUCCUUCCAAUGCGGCUUGGCAAGGGAAACGUAUGGAUUUGAAGGAAAGGACAUGUCGGCGUUAAGAGAACUGGCACAUUCGUUCCUCGAUCAAAAGUUCCCAGACCACUCUUGCAUUGGCAUAGCAGACAAAGUGAUCAUGUUUAUACAUAACUAUUCCACAACUAACAUAUUGGAGAAGUUAACCAGCGUGGACCAGUUGCAUGAAGGCUCUGUUAUUGAAGUUGUUGUUUCAGCUAAAGUCCCAGCAGAUGAGACCAUUAUUCGUCCUCACAUGCUGAUUGUUCAUUCGUACAGAUCUCCAACAUUUUGUGACUUUUGUGGUGAAAUGUUGUUUGGCCUUGUAAGACAAGGAAUCAAAUGUGAAGGAUGUGGUGGUAACUAUCACAAGAAAUGUGCAUUCAAGAUACCAAAUAAUUGUUCAGAUUCAAGACAUCGCAACAGUGCUUCUGGAUUAAACAUGGCUCUGCAUUCACAUACUCUUCCGAGGCCAGCUUCUCAGAUCAGUGGCCCAAAUGAUUCAGCAUUCUUGAUCCAGCACUCCAAUUCCUUUUCCGAGAGCCUUCCAUCAUCAAGAGACAGAAGGGCAACUUGGAGUGGUCGUCCAAUCUGGAUUGACAGAAUGCUGUCUGGUAGAGUCCAAUUACAAAUACCUCACUCAUUCGAGGUUCAUUCCUAUAAAAAGCCUACAGUGUGCCACUUUUGCAAAAAACUGUUAAAGGGCCUAUUCCGUCAAGGGUUACAGUGUAAAGAUUGUAAAUAUAACUGCCAUCGAAAGUGUGAGAAGUUUGUUGGCAAGACUUGUUUGGGUGAGGGAGCAAUGGUAGAAACAGGGUCUCUUGGAUCUUCUGAUUCAGGUGCCAUUUCUGAAAGUUUGUCAGAAAUGGAUCUUUCAAAUGACAUUCCAAAUGAACAAGAGUUAAGUGAGAACGAAACAGAAAUUGAAUUAGCAAGUCGCAGCAGCCAAGAGGACUUUGAACCAACUAGUCCCUCAUCACCAGACAGUGAGUUGCCUCAGCUGACUCCUACAAUUAGUAACAACAUUCCACUCCAACGGAUUGUUGUAUCUGUGAAGCAUACCAAAAGAAAAGGAUCAAAAGUGUUGAAGCAGGGAUGGAUGGUGCAUUUUACUAGCAAGGAUACUCAGAGGAAAAGACACUACUGGAGACUAGACACAAAGUGUUUGACACUAUUCCAAGAUUCAACUAGCAGUAGAUAUUACAAGGAUAUUCAACUGUCUGAAAUACUGUCAGUUGAUUCUAAUAUUGACCCUCUGGCGACAGACGCCACUCGAGCUCCGCACUGUUUUGAAAUGAAGACAAGGGACAUGGUGUACUACGUGGGGCAAGUUGAAGACGAAAACGAGACCCCAGACCCUGACAGUGGAGUAGGAGCAGUGGCGGGGCAGGCCUGGGCUAGUGUCACGCGCUCUGCUCUUAUGCCAGGUUGUGUGACACCGACCACGAGUGUUUGCCCCUCAAGCAACAACGGUGUUAGUAAUUCUGACGUAGAGAUGGAAGUUACAGACGAAGAGGAGAAAGUGAAAGAUGCUCCAUUGGACAUUAGUCAACUGUACCAAGUAUUCCCUGACGAAAUUCUCGGAUCAGGACAGUUUGGAAUUGUCUAUGGAGGGGUUCAUCGUGAAAGUGGACGAGAUGUAGCUAUUAAAGUCAUUGACAAACAACGCUUUCCUACAAAACAAGAAGCGCAAUUGAAAAAUGAAGUAGGAAUUCUUCAGCAUGUCAACCACCCAGGUGUAGUGAAUUUAGAAGAGAUGUUUGAAACUCCUGAAAGGGUGUUCGUAGUCAUGGAAAAAAUGCGAGGCGACAUGUUGGAACUUAUUCUGUCGAGUGCCAAAGGAAGAUUGGACGAGAGAUGCACGAAAUUCCUCAUAACACAGAUUUUAGUGGCUCUGAGAGAUCUACACAGCCGAAAUAUUGUUCAUUGUGACUUAAAACCAGAGAAUGUGCUGUUAUCGUCAGUAUCAUCCGAAUGUGGUUUCCCACAGAUCAAACUGUGCGACUUCGGUUUUGCUCGGAUAAUCGAAGAGAAAUCGUUCCGUCGAUCGGUUGUCGGGACUCCAGCCUACCUCGCCCCUGAGGUCCUACUCAAUAAAGGAUACAACAGAUCUCUCGAUAUGUGGUCGGUCGGUGUCGUCGUUUAUGUAAGGUAAGAAUCAAUAGAGAGCUUAACCACUACUUUUACAGAAUUCCUUUAGCCGUGAUAUUAAAAUGAUGAUAUCUUUCUUUACUUCUUAGAAUAGCUUUUUUUCCCCUAAUUUUCUCCUGAAUUGAAUUUAAGUGACGGAACUUUAAGUUUAUUUCGUCGUUUGCCGCACACUGUAGAAGUCAUCUUCAAGUUCUUUCUUGAAACAGCUAGGGAAUACGUCUUGAGUCUCUCCACGGUAUCACAGACACAACGAUGAAUAAGACCCUUCCAUCCACACAACUAUGCAAAUGAAUGAAAGCACUUAUGUAUUCAAGCUAAUUGGAAAAUAUGCUCUUCGACGACUGAUCGCUGUACAAAACCUUGGUGUCUUAAACGUGUCUAAGGCAGAUGUCAUUUAUAGAGAAUCUGACAGACUUGGUGCUAAAUCGUUACGCCGCAAAGUGCUCUGGACUCUUGUCUCAAAUGAUGAGGUACUGGAACAGGGUGGUGGUGUA